ACUCGGGGCGCGAGGCCGCCGGUGCCGGUGGUGCCGGUGCCGGUGCCGGUGCCUGUCCCGGGCGGAGUCGCCUCGUCGGCCUUCCGCGGUUGGCACCUGUGCGUCCGUCCGCGCUGCACGGGGCAGACCCGCCAGGCGACACUUCUCACUUCCUGCCUUGACUCUGAAAAACAGCUCCUGCAAUCUGAAGCAGAAACUCGAUUUCAGUGUGCCCGCUGUAGCUGGAACUAGUCACAAUGACGAUGGAAGGCAAGGGAACUUUAGGUCUCAUCCCCAGGAUGGCUGUGUAUCAGAAGCAGGCGGGGAGCUUGACUGUGAAGCAGGAACCAGGAAGCCAGACCUGGGGACAGAGCUGCAGUUUCCAGAAGAACUCCCCUCCUGUCUGUGAAAUAUUCCGGCUGCACUUCAGGCAGCUAUGUUACCAUGAGAUGUCCGGGCCUCAGGAGGCACUGAGCCGGCUCCGGGAGCUAUGCCGCUGGUGGCUGAUGCCAGAGGUUCACACCAAGGAGCAGAUCCUGGAGCUGCUGGUGCUGGAACAGUUCCUGAGCAUCCUGCCCAGGGAGCUCCAGAAAUGGGUCCAGCUCCGUCACCCCGAAACUGGUGAGGAGGCUGUGGCUGUGGUGGAGGAUUUCCAGAGGCACCUCAGUGGGUCAGGAGAGGUUUUACCUCCAGAACAAAAAGCAGAUAUGCAUUUAAAGAAGAUGGAAUCUCUGAGUGCAACAGAACAAUCUCCUACCUCAACCUCCAGUCAUGGCUCAGCCCCUGAAGCCUAUGUGGAUCCUCCGUUUGACCUAAGAGCACACCACCUCCCUCGUGGACACUGUGGUCCCGCUUUUCCUGAAGCAGAGAAUACCAGAGCCUGGGUCACUGUGGGGAACUCCACAGCAGCCGCUGUGCUUGGGAUGGUCAGACCUCAGGAGAUUAUGGCAGAUAAUGACUAUAUGCGGAGAAAGUGGAAGAGCCUGGCAUGCAGGCAGAAGGCCCUGUCCCAGAACACGAUGGAGGAAAAUGAGCACAGCUUGGCCUCACUAGCAGCAGGUAAGAACAGGAUGGAAAGUUCUGUGUGCACAUCAAAACAUGGCUUUUCUAAAGGGUCGGAUUCACCUGACACAUCCUCAGGGGGACUCUUUGGUGUGGCCUUGGUAGAACCAGAGUCUGGAGCUAUCUGUGAAGGUCCUUUGGCACAGGUGGAAGAGCAGCCUUCAGAUGAAGGGCGUGAACGAGAUUGUCAUUUCUUGGAAGAGAAAGAUCAGGAAAAUUCCACCAAAGACAGAGACGAGGAGUGUAGAGAUGUAGGGGAACAUGGAAAUCUUUCGUCUCAUUCUGUUGAGAGUCAGCGAGAGGCAGAGAGACAAACGUUCUAUCGAUGUGAUGAAUGUGACAAAGUUUUUAACCAGAGCUCACACCUCUAUGGACAUCAGCGAAUCCACAAUGGAGAGAGACCCCAAGAAUGUAGUGAGUGUGGGAAGACCUUCCGACAGACAUCUCAGCUAAUUGUUCACCUCAGAGCACACACGGCGGGAAAACCUGAUGAAUGUAGUGCGUGUGGAAAGAUUUAUCUUCACAGUUCCCAUCUUAAGCAGCACCAGAGACUGCACAAUGGGGAGAGGUCUUAUAAAUGUAAUGAAUGGGCAAAAGCCUUCCCCCAGAGUUCCCCGCCCAUUGACCACAAGAGAACCCAUACUGGGGAGAAGUGUUAUGAGAAUGAGUGUGGGGAGGCCUUCAUUCAGAGUAAAAGUCUUAUCCAGCAUCAGGUCCUUCACGGUGGAAAGAAGACCUACGAGUGUAACAAGUGUGGGAAAGCCUUCUGUUCCGGCAGGAAUCUUAUUGACCACCAGAGGAUCCACACUGGGGAGAAGCCUUAUGGAUGUAUUGAGUGUGGCAAGGCCUUCAGUCGGAGUAAAUGUCUUACUCGACACCAGAGUCUCCACACUGGGGAAAAACCAUACAGAUGUAGUGAAUGUGGGAAAGCCUUCAAUCAGAACUCUCAGCUCAUUGACCAUGAGCGAGUUCAUACUGGAGAAAAACCUUUUGAAUGCCGUCAGUGUGGCAAGAGAUUCAGUUUAAGUAAAUGCCUUAUUCGGCACCAGAGACUUCACACCGGGGAAAAGCCCUAUAAAUGCAGCGAGUGUGGGAAAUCCUUCAACCAAAACUCUCACCUCAUUAUACACCAGAGAAUUCACACUGGUGAGAAGCCUUACGAAUGCCAUGAGUGUGGGAAAGUCUUCAGUUACAGUUCCAGCCUGAUGGUUCAUCAAAGAACCCACACUGGUGAGAAGCCCUAUAAGUGUAAGGACUGCAUGAAAGCCUUCAGUGACAGUUCACAGCUCACUGUGCACCAGAGGGUUCACACUGGGGAGAAGCCUUAUGGAUGUAUUGAGUGUGGGAAAGCUUUCAGUCAGCGUUCCACUUUUAAUCACCAUCAGCGAACUCACAGUGUGGAGAAACCCUCAAGGCUGCUUCAGACACCAUCUUAAGGCAUGGUGCCCUAAGGCAGAGAGCAAGGAAUUCUGAGUUGGUUUUGUUUAUAAAAAGGGAUAUUUAUCAUAUUCUCUUGGAAGUAUUAAUCAAAUGACCAUUGCUUAGUGCUUUCCAUUUGGCCACCAAGGUAGGACAGUAAUAAUAACUUAGUGUAUAGUCUUUCCUUCCUUACGAUUGGAAAAGUAGGAACCACAUAUUUUAUUUGUUUCUAGCUUUUUAUUUUUUAAACUAUCUUAAAACAUAUUUCCUUUUUUUAGUUUUGCAUUCCACAAUUUGUGGAUUUUCAAACACAGAGAUAGCAUCUCUGCUUCAUUCUAACUUUUCCAUUUCACCAUUUACUCAAAGACAUACUACAAUACUCUCCUCAUUCUUACUUUGUGGCUCUAGCUCUCUUCAUUGUGUAUGGAUGUUUUACCUACAUCUAUAUCUGUGUACCACAUAGGUGUCCAGUGCCUCAGAGGCCAGAAUAGGUCAUCAGGCCCCCUGGAACUGAAGUUACAGAUAGUUGUCAGCCAUCACGGGGAUGAUGGGAUCAAACCUGAGUCCUUUGGCAAAGCAGCUGGUGCUCUAACCACUGCGCCAUUUCUCCGGCCUUCACAUUUGCUUAUUUGAAUUAGUCCAGUGUAUAGCUUCUUAUCAUUUAAGUGCCCUCCUAGGUUUUCCCCUUUUACUUGUUAGUUUACAUGCAUUUGUGUAUGAUUGUGAGUGCAGUGGUUUUAGAGGACAGAAGAGGGCCUCGGUCCCUUAGAACUGGUGACCCUGAGGUAACUGACUUGGGUGCUGGGGAUUGAACUUGGGUCCUCUGCAAGAACAGUAUAUAUUCUUACCCACUGAGCCAUCUCUCCAGCCCCAGAACUUUUUGUUUCUUACAUGCUUUCCCUCCUAAACUUCUGUCAAUCUGAUCUCAACAUGCUUUGAGUUAGUUGGUGCUAUGUAGUAUAACUGUUAAAUUUCCUUGUAAGUAUUUAUAUGCUUUCAUACUAACAUGUAGGCUCUAUAUUUUUUCAUAUUAUUGAAUUAUAUUAAUUGCUAAAUAAAUAAUUUUUAGAAUCUCCCUCAAAUAAUCCUUAAAUUAUAAACCAACUCCCCUCUCCCUAAGCUCUUAAGAUUGGGGAGUGCACCUCCAGUGUCACACAGUAUACUCAUACUAUAUCAUAACUACUAGUUUAUUGUCCUUAAAACAGCUAAUUGUGUGGGAGAGUGAGAAACAAACGGAGCCCAUUCAGUUGUGCAGUCAUGUACCCCUGAAAUGUGCAUUGUGCCGUACAAGGACUUGCUAGCUCCAUUCUGGCUCUCCAGUGAGCAGGUUGGGAUAGAUCACAGAAAACUACAAAGACCUGUUGACAUCCAUGACUGUCCUGGGGUCACUGACGUACACUGCCAUGCAUUUCUGUGUGUGCUGGAGAUCUGAACUCAGGUCCUCAAGCUCAUGUGGCAAAUACGUUGCCUACUGCAUCAUCUCUCCAGGCCUAUUCUGCACACAUUUCUGGAAAAUACUCUUGAAGAAAAUGUAGGGAAGCUUUCUGUUCUAACAAACAGUUAUGGCCCCUCCAGGCACCAUAAUGUAGAAAAGGGGUCUUCAUCUGGGUGUGGUGGAACAUGCCUGUACUCCUAACACGUGGGAAGCAGAAACAGAUCUUUAUGAGUUCAGGGUCAGCUUGAAUUACAUAGCAAGUUCCAGGCCAGCCAUGUUGAAUCACUGUCUUCAAAGAGGAGGAGGAAGGAUAUGAACAAAACAAUUUGAUAGAACUUCUACUUUACUUAGGCAUUCUUUCAAGUUUACAUUUCAUGUAUGUGUCCUCAUGGGGGUUACAGGGCAACUUGUGGGAGUUGGUUCUCUCCACUCAGUAAACUCCAUAGCUCAAAGUCAGAA